AUGAGAUUAGAACCGUUUAUUCAUUUCUCUUUUUCUCUUUCUCUUUCUCUCUCUCUCUCUCCCUGUCUCUCUCUUUCUAUCACUCUCUUUCUCUCUGUCUCUUGCUUUGUCUUUCUCUGUUCUCCGUCUCUCUUUCUGUCCCAGUCUCUCUCUUUCUAUCUCUCUCUUUCUUUUCUCUUGCUUUCGCUUUCUCUCUUUCUCUGUCUCUGUCUUUCUCUUUCUCUCUGUCCCUGGCUCUCCCUUUCUAUCUCUCUCUUUCUCUUUCUCUGUCUCUUCAUCUGUCUUUCGCUUUCUCUAUCUUCCUGUCUGUCUCUUUCUCUCUCUCUCUCUCUCUCUCUCUCUCUCUAUCUAUCUAUCUCUUUCUCUGUUUGUCUCUUUCUCUCUGUCUCAUUCUGUCUGUCUCUCUUUCUCUCUCACUCUCUUUCUCUCUCUCUCUCUCUGUCUCGCUAUCUCAGUCUGUCUCUUUCUCUUUCUUUGUCUCUGUCUGUCUCUUUCCCUUUCUCUGUGUCUCCUUCUCUGUAUCUGUCUGUCUCUGUCUGUUUCUCUCUUAUUACUGAUUUUCUCUGUCUGUCUGUCUGUCUGUGUCUCUUUCUCUCUCUCUCUCUCUCUCUCUCAUCUAUCUAUCUAUCUAUCUAUCUAUCUAACUCUUUCUCUGUUUGUCUCUUUCUCUAG